UUACCUGUCCAGGGGUCCAGCGGUGUCCUCACCCCAAGCGGAUUCUUCAUUCAGCUGUUGGGUUCUGAUGGUGCCGGCAUCUUCACUGUGGGCACCUGGCUGUGACAGCUUGCGGCUUCACAGCCGGAUACCCAGUGCGCAUGCGCGAGUAGUGCUGUGCUUCCUGAAUGGUUCUGUAGUCUUCGGGGACCUGUCACGUGUCCCAAAAGACUACAGGGAGGGAGGAAAGGAGGACACCUUCCACUUCCAAUCGCCUAGGCGAUUGGAGCGGAAGUGGGAGCGGGUACCUGUCAAAUUCGGGUACCCGCUCCCCCCCACCUCCCAAAGGUGCCAAUCCUUAAUGGGGAGUGGGGGACCAGUCUUUAAGGCAGAACUUCCCCUU